GGCGGUGCCAGCGAGAGGCGCGGGGCAGAGCGUCCCCCUCCCCCCCGCCGCCACCAUCGAGGAGCCGGAGCGGCGGCGGCGGCGGCCGGAGGGGCCGGGCACGGCGGCCAUGACGUCAGCGUCCACUAAAGUCGGGGAGAUCUUCUCGGCCGCCGGCGCCGCCUUCACGCGCCUGGGGGAGCUGACGAUGCAGCUGCACCCCGGGACUGACAGCUCCCCCUCGGGGUCCCGCUGGACGGAGCCCGAGCUGUCGCUGCUCCGCGGGGCCGUGUCGCGAUUUGGGGAGGACCUGAACCGCCUCAGCGCCCUCAUCAAGGACCGCACGGUGGCGCAGCUGAAGGCGGCGGCCAAGCGCAAAGCCUACGAGGACAGCGGGGUCCCCCUGCCCCCCCCCGGCGCCGACUCCCCCAAAAAGGGACCCCGAAAAAACCCCCCCGGAUCUGGGGGGGCCCCCCACGACACCCCUGGACCCCCUGGGAAGAAGCUGAAGGUGGCAGAGCCCCCCCCGAGUGACUCCGACCCCCCCGGGGACCUCGUGGACGUCGAAGGAUUUGGGGACCCCCCCCCCAAAAAGCUGAACUUCGACCAAGCCUGAAGUUGGAGCCCCCCAAGGACCCCCCCAAAAUUUUUUGGGGGACCCCAAAACCCCCAAAAUUGGGGGAGCCCCCCCCCUUUUUGUCACCCCCCAUUAAAAUUUGGGGUCUCCCCUCCCUCAUUUUUGGGGUC